ACCACACCCUGCACUCAAGUUAUGAUGCAGUUCAUGGGUAGCGUAUGUUGCCCUACAUUGCCACUGGGGGUUCACCACAGGUUUAUACUUGAGCUCAGAGCUCGUUGUGGAUUAAACAUCAGCUGAACGUUACUCAACAGGUCUGAGCUGUUUUGGUAGAAGUGAUUGCGCAAUUGAGCGCUGGAGCAGAGCUGUGCUACUGAGUCUCACACAAGAAGAAGUGCUGUUACGAAACUGUUUACUAGCAGGGCUCCUUGCAGGGAAACGACAUGGCAGAGUGUGGAGCUGCAGGUGAACUACCUCAGAGGCGUGUUGGUGCGAAGGAACAACAAAAUGGAGAGCCUAUAGACUCAGAGCUUGCUGUGGAUGAGAGGAAGCAGAGGGACAGGGAAGAGCGUGAAACCCUGGUAUUGUGGAAGAAACCUCUGCUCACACUCCACUACUUCACUCUGGAGCUGCUCAUCACUCUUAAAGGGUGGAUAUGCAGGCUCUGGCAGCAAAGACAGACUGUGUUUGGCCUGCUGAUCCUGCUUAUCCUCCUCUCCAUUGCCUACCGUAUUGAAGGAACACACCAGAAGUAUGUGCGCUACAUGGAGAAGAAGACGCUGUGGUGCGCCUACUGGGUCGGCCUGGGCAUCCUCUCCUCUGUGGGUCUUGGCACUGGCCUGCACACCUUCCUCCUUUACCUGGGACCACACAUAGCGUCAGUGACCCUGGCGGCAUAUGAAUGUGGCUCUGUGGAUUUCCCCGAGCCUCCUUAUCCAGACCAAAUAGUCUGUCCCCAGCAUGAAGCACCAACAUCAGGCUCUGAUGCUGAGCAGGUGGGCGUGGAGGGCAUGCAGACCGUGGGCACGGACAGUGUGGUGGGAUCAGCAGCCCUCCAGGGAAGCAUCUCUCUGUGGACCAUCAUCUCAAAAGUCCGGCUGGAAGCUUGUAUGUGGGGUGCAGGUACAGCUAUAGGAGAGCUUCCUCCUUACUUCAUGGCACGAGCAGCACGGCUGUCCGGUGCUGAGCCUGAUGAUGAGGAUUAUCAAAAAUUUGAGGAAAUGCUGGACCAGACGGAGUCUGCACAGGACUUUGCAUCCCGGGCAAAAGUAGCAGUACAGAAACUCAUCCAGAAGGUUGGAUUCUUAGGAAUUUUAGCCUGUGCCUCUAUUCCAAAUCCCCUGUUUGAUCUGGCAGGAAUAACAUGUGGACAUUUUUUGGUCCCUUUCUGGACUUUUUUUGGUGCAACACUCAUUGGGAAAGCAGUCAUCAAGAUGCACAUUCAGAAACUGUUUGUGAUCAUCACCUUCAGCAGGCACAUAGUGGAGCAGAUGGUGUCCCUCAUCGGAGCUGUUCCACUGCUGGGUGCGGCACUGCAGAAGCCCUUCAGGGAGUACUUGGAGGCCCAGAAGGCCAAGCUUCACCAUCUCCGUGGAGAGGGGAUCCCAACUGAGGAGAACUGGCUGUCGUGGCUCUUUGAGAAGGUUGUGGUCAUCAUGGUAUGCUUCUUUGUCUGCUCCAUUGUCAACUCCAUGGCUCAAAGCUACGCCAAGCGCAAGCAGCAGAAGUACUCGGAGAGCAAGACGGAGUGAAGGCCAGCGACAGAUCACGCUGGACCAUCAACUUCAGAAGCCUCCUUGCUUCUCCAAACUCCCGCCGCUCCUUUCCUCAUUUGCACUCUCGCUCCUGGCUGAUACCCCGCCAGUAUCAGAUGCAACAUAUCCCCCCUAUCUGGUUUCUUGUUAUUGUAGCAACAUGUUUAUGUUGAAGUUGGACUUCCAUUUACUUGUUUUUGAAGGCUUUGCAUUUGGUAGUGAUUUCCGCAAUUGUUCUCUGUAAGGUAGGUGUUCACUGGGGUGUGUGUGAGUGUGUGUAAGCUGUUGUGUUGUUAAAGUGUUCAUGCUGGUGCUUUUAGCAGUUCCCGAGCACGUGAGAAGAAGCUGCUGGCAAUAAUUCUCCUCAGUGACGCCUUAAGCUGCACUGUUUGUUUCACUACGACAACCUUAAAGUCUCCAUAGAGUCACUUGAAUUCACUUUAUCUGAAUAAGCUAGGAUUGUUUUAUGUUGCGAUUGUUUUGUAAAACCAGCACACUUAUUUGUUAAAUAUCGUAUUUAUUUAUGAUCUAUAUUUGCCAGAUUAUUAAUAAUUCUGUAUUAAUGACUGAACUGUAGGGUUGUUGUUCUGUGGUUAGAUAAGGCUUGUAAAUGGACUUUAAAUAACUAUGUUCUCCUCAGAGCCAUGUCAUUUCUACAUACUGUAGAGCUCAGUUGUAGUAGAGAUGUUAAUGAGUGUUUCAGACUGUACAUGGUUCUUAAGAUGACCACUUCUUUUGUGUGUGCCGUAAAGCUCAUCGUAGUACUUUUGGAUGAGAAAUGAUAAAUCGGCCAUGAAUCACCCUGCUGGUCCCUUUGUCUGCCCUUAUUGUUCUGCUUCCAGGAAGAGAGCGCAUGAGUCAGCCCGGGGCUACUUUACCAGAUGCAGCCAUAUAUUGAAUCAGAUCUACAAUUGUGUGUGCGCGUGCCUGUGUGUGAGACGGAGAGCGAGACAGAGAUAGUAGGUUGUGUGGCUGCCACAUUUGUUGCUCUCCCUUUUAUCUUUUAUGGAUUAAAGCAGAUUGUGCUCCACUUUUAGACUCGGAGUCUGCCUGGAAGUCUUAGUGUAGCAGAAAGCAGCCUUUAACUUCGAGGUAGUCUCUUGUCAGGAUAAGUGUUCUUUGUCUUCACUUGUCCACGGAGCUUCUUUUUUUUUAAUCCCCUUUUUCUCUAGAUGAGGACAGCAAGCUCAUGUUUGGCAUUACAUGAGCAACAUUUUACCUGCUUGAUCAAUGGUAAUUUUUUUUGCCUGUUUUUUUUUUUUUCUUUUUUGAGGGAUCACGUCAACUCGUUCUCAAUAUAUGCAGUACCUUCCUUUUUUCCAUAAUUGCGAGUGAAAUGUGCUAUUUUCUUCCUUCUCUGUACCGCUGCUGUGCUACGCUGGACUGAGCGCAGUGGGCGCUAGAGCAGGCACAAGCAGCAGAGGGAAAAAAAACCCUCAAGCGCACAGUGAAAAGCGUCUGUGCCGUUACCUCAGCUGAACCUUCAAAUGAACUCGUUGCACUGCCCCAGUCACGGAGCCAGGAGACGAAUCACUCGAGUAGAUUUGAAACAGAGGGGUACUGUUGAGAGAGCUGAACCCUGCGCUCUGCCUCAGCUCUAGUCAGAACAUUCACAUCUCCUCUUUUCUCCUGUCAUGGUAAGUAGGAUUAGGAUUUUUUUUUUCCUGCCAUUGUUGUCGUUUCUGUACAUGCGUAUGUCUCAGGCAUGUCCGUCACUCUCCCGGCCUGUCAGAUAGCUUAUCAGACUGGUGUUGGCUGUUAAGAUUACAAGGCGACAACAGUCUGUAGGCUGUCUGACAUUUCGGGCUCUUUCAUCUGACCAGCAUCCUGUUUUGUCCUCCUUCUGUUAUUGUCAUUGUCUCAGUUAGCAUCAGUUCCCAUUUAGAGGUGUGUGUGCUGCGAUGUCACUUCCCUUUAUCCCAACCGCUUGUGAAACGUUUGAGACAUGGGUCUAUUGUUUAUUUCCGCCAUGCUGACGUCUGUGAGGGUUUUAUGUGGGUUUAUGUGAGGAACUGUGCUCUCGCAUGUUUGCAGAUGUAGUGAUGUCAGUAGCGUACUUCUGUAUAUGUCUGUGUCUGUGUGUGUGUGUGUGUGUGUGUGUGUGUGUGUGUGUGUGUGUGUGUGUGUGUGUGUGUGUGUGUGUGUGUGUGUGUGUGUGUGUGUGUGUGUGUGUGAGAGAGAGAGAGAGACUUGGCUCUGUGCUCUUGAAUUUCCAGAGAAUCCAGGCAGCACACACCUUAUUGCAACACAUCACAUUGUGACAUCCAGUCCUAGGUAUGGUACACGCAGUGCUCACCCUGCUCUCCCCUUCCCUUUUACACUUCCCUCUUCUGUUUUACUGAGUACUUUCUUCUGUUGCUCAACAUGCACUUUUUCUGUAGGAGCCUGCGUUUUAUUGGAACAACUCUCUUGAGAGGGUGUUUUUGUAAGGGCCACAAAUGGGUAAUUAUACAAUGCUGAAAAUCAUUGCUUGACCAGUGGGCACUUUUACCACAAAGCCUCGAUUUUAUUUUAGUUUCUUCUUUCUGUAGAAUAGAGCAAGAGGGUCAGACUUUCUCCUGGUCACUAAAGUAAAAUCACUGGAAUGGCUCGCUGGCUUAAAGAGUGUUUUUCUUGGCAGUUUCAGGAUGUCCUGUUCCAUAAGGGGGACCCCUUUUGGCUUGACUAUCUGAAUGUGAGAGUGCAUGCUUGUCAAGAAAUUCUGUUGAUGUUUCUGUGUAAAUGCCUGUAUUUCUUGUCCGUACCUGGGUUAUUUUAAAAGUCUAUGCACUGUACAGUUUCUCUGCUUUCACUGUAAAUAAAGUCUGUUGAAAAGAG